UCAUCACGUUAACCCUGACGUUAGCGGACUCCGGACGCUCUGGACUGACUGCUGCAGCUGCGCAGGGAGGUUAGCGGACCAACGAACUGACUACAAUUACCAACAAAACAGUGAUUUAAGCAGGUCAGACAUGGCUCUCACACAAGUGUCGUCCAACAAGUGUGCCGGUGGCGUCCAGAAGGUUUUUGAACAUGAAAGCUCCGAGCUGAAGUGUAAAAUGAAGUUCGCCAUCUAUCUGCCUCCCAACGCUGAAACGGACAAAUGUCCGGUCAUGUACUGGCUCUCCGGCCUGACGUGCACGGAGCAGAACUUCAUCACCAAAGCUGGCAGCCAGCUCGCUGCAGCAGAACACGGCAUCAUCGUCGUGGCCCCGGACACCAGCCCACGUGGCUGCAACAUUGAAGGUGAAGAUGAGAACUGGGACUUCGGCACAGGAGCCGGUUUCUAUGUCGACGCCACCCAAGACCCCUGGAAGACGAACUACCGCAUGUACUCGUACAUCACUGAAGAGCUCCCAAAACUUAUCAACAGCAACUUCCCCACCGAUCCAGAGAAGAUGUCCAUCAGCGGCCACUCCAUGGGCGGUCAUGGGGCGCUCAUCUGUGCUCUGAAGAACCCUGGGAAAUACAAGGCUGUGUCUGCGUUCGCCCCCAUCUGUAACCCCAUGCAGUGUCCCUGGGGUCAGAAAGCCUUCUCAGGGUAUCUGGGCUCCGACAGGUCCACAUGGGAGGCGUAUGACGCCACCGUGUUAGCAGCGUCGUACUCCGGCCCUCAGCUGGACAUCCUCAUCGAUCAGGGCCGUGACGACCAGUUCCUGUCGGCCAGCCAGCUGCUGCCAGACAACCUGAUCGCCGUCUGCUCCGAGAAGAAAAUUCCCGUGGUCUUCAGACUGCAGCCGGGGUAUGACCACAGCUACUUCUUCAUCUACUCCUUUAUGAACGAUCACAUCAAACACCACGCCAAGUACCUGAACGCCUGAACUCCAGCCACUUUAACAUGAGUCCACCCUGACGCUGCCGCUCUCCCGCCAUCAAUCUAAACCCGUUUGUUCCUGCAGAAUGGAGAUGAAUAACAUCCGAUGUUCCCAGGAAAGCAAAUUCUGCAGCCGAGUCCAGUCACUGAUGUUUGAAGCCUGUGUGCCUUCAGUCUGAACACCUGAAAUCCACAAAAACAGACUUUAGUGGAAUGUUUUGUAUUUCUGGUCACAGCUGCCGUGUUUGUAGAAGCAGGAAGUUUCCAGAGCCCGACGACAUCAAUAUGUGGAUUUCUUUGGUUUGGUGCAGUAGAGCUGUCGGUGAAAAGUCCAGUGGAUGUUUUCAAAUAAAACUCUUUACUGUUAA